CAGGCACGGAAAGAGACAUGUAAGGUAUUACUGACCUGAUUUUGAUGAUCAAAUCACUGAAAUAUUUCCAAUGUAUCCUUGGUUUACAUUUGCAGAAAUGCAUACCUUGUGUUAAAAUGACUUUUGGGACUAAUCAGCAUCCUCCCAUUUGUGUUUUUUGAUUCAGGUUGAUGGAAAACUACACUUACAACAGCUUUUACAUCCAACUGGAGGGCUUAAAGGUCACGGAAAUGUCCCUUUACCCUGUAUUUUUGUUUUUGUUUUGUUCAUACCUUUUUAUUAUGUUCGCUAAUGUUGGUAUUAUAAUCCUAGUUUUAAUUGAUAAGAACCUUCACCAGCCCAUGUAUCUCCUUUUCUGCAACCUGCCUCUGAAUGACAUUCUUGGAAACUCUAUCAUGGUUCCUCGUUUGCUUUCAGAUACCCUGCGGCCUCCCUCUGAACGCCUUAUCAGUUAUCCAGAAUGUGUGGUGCAAGCUUUUACUACACAUAUGUUUGGUACCACCGCUCACACUAUACUCAUUAUAAUGGCUGUUGAUAGAUAUGUGGCUAUCUGUAAUCCUCUGCGCUAUUCGGCCAUAAUGACAAACAAGAUGGUGAUCAAGCUGACAGUUUCUGCCUGGGGAGUAGCCUUGGUUACGGUCGGGAUUCUGCUCGGUCUGACCAUACGCCUGAACCGAUGCAGGACUAUGAUCACAAAUCCUUACUGUGAUAAUGCUGCACUGUUCAAACUGUCCUGUGAGAGUGUGUUCAUUAAUAAUGUCUAUGGCCUCACGUUCACUGUAGUUCUGUUCACAUCUUCAAUCGUCAGCAUGGUUAUCACCUACAGUAAGAUCACUGUGGUCUGUCUGAUGAAUAAAAGCAAGUCUUUGAACAGUAAAGCCCUGAAGACCUGCAGCACUCAUCUUUCUGUAUAUCUAAUUAUGAUACUGAGUGGAAUGCUUGUUAUCCUCCUGCAUCGCUUCCCUCAGUACUCAGACUACAGAAAACUAGCUGCCAUUUUAUACCAUAUCAUCCCCGGCAGCCUGAACCCUAUUAUUUAUGGAGUUCAGUCGAAAGAGAUACGAACAUUCGUAUCACAUAUGUUUCAGCGUAAAAAGGUUUUACCUUCAUUGUAAUGUUGAUACAAAUAACCAAGAAUAUACAUAUGAGAUGGAAUAUGCUUGUAUGUGUUUGCUGUAUGCAUGUUAAAUGCAAGGUCAAAUAAGUACAACGUUGUGAAUAGAUUCCUGACCUUUUAAAUAGCAACAUGUCUUUGACCCCACAAUGUAAUGCAAUGAAGCUAAUAAUGAAGUUACCCUUAUUUAUUAUCUUAAUGAUGUAAAUGCGACCUGACCACGGAUAAGCGGGAGAAGAUGGAUGGAUGGAUGGAUGAUGUAAAUGUCUUUACAGGUUUUUUGUUGGGAUCACUAUAACGUUUAUGUACUUUAUCAAAUAGUUGUUUAUUUUUACCAAAUGAUUUGUCUAUAGAAGUCUCACUUAUUAAACAAUGAAUGUGCUGUAAACACAUGGUGUGUGAGGGUUACAUUAAUGGGGUUCAGUUUAUGUGAGGGUGACUUUAAAUCUGGGUGGAGAUUCGCCCAUUCACCAAAGUAUUGACUCUGUCUGAAUAUUGUUUACGGAUGCUUUAGCAACUAACUGUUUAACAACAAAUUAUCGCCAUCAUUUGAAACUUAAUGAUGGUCAUCCAAAUCAUGUUGAACUGCCUAUAAAGAUGAUUUGGAUGGCUAUUAUGAAGUUACAGCUGAAGCUUAUAUUACCUCGUUAAAUUGUUAAUAAAUGAUUGCUAAUGCAUUGAUAAACAUAAUGUAGACGGAUAGAUAAUACUUGUUAAUGCUCAAUAAUCUGUUUCUCCAUCUAUGUUAUAUUUAUAGAUUCUUAAUAUAGUAUAAGCGUUUUAAUGUGUGUAAUAAUACACUUGUAUGGGAUAGUUUAUGUGAUCAGAAUGUGAUUGUUAUCAGCCAUGAUUUAUGAACAACACAUUUUAAAUCACAAAACGUAAAAGUAAAAAAAAACAUAAAUUGUUCCAAUAUAUAGUGUCACAUCUUUAAUAUUGUGGGAAGUGUUAUGUUGUUUGUUUCUCAUGCAACAUGAAAUACUUAACUUUGAAUAAAUACACCGUGUGCAAAGGA